UCACCCAGUCAGCCCAUGGCCGAUCAGCAUGAGUCCAUCGAUCUCACGUCUCCUCCCGUGGACUCAUCAGCAGCUGCAGGAUUCAGCUGGUUCCCUGCGCCCCCCCCACCCAUGUACUCCUGCACCCUGACCCCCGAGCUGGUGCACAAAGCACGGGAGGAGCUCCAGGAGAAGCCAGAGUGGCGUCUGCGGGACGUCCAAGCACUGAGAGACAUGAUUCUGAAGGAGCAGCCCAACCUCAGGACCCGGCUGGAUGACGCCUUCCUGCUGCGCUUCCUGCGGGCCAGGAAGUUUGACUACGACCGUGCCAUGCAGCUGCUGCUCAACUACCACGCGGGUCGGAAAGCCUGGCCUGAAGUGUUCCAGGACCUGAAGCCGUCCACAGUGAAGCACGUCCUGGACCUGGGCUUCCUCACAGUGCUGCCACAGCCCGACCCCAGCGGGAGAUACAUCCUCUGUCUACGCCCAGGGAAAUGGAAACCAAAUGAUUAUCCGUUUGUUGACAAUGUGCGAGCCCUCUAUCUGACUCUGGAGAAGCUGAUCCAGCCGGAGGAGACGCAGGUCAACGGUAUUGUCAUUUUAGCCGACUACACCGGAGUGGGCAUGUCACAAGCGUCCAAUCCUGGCCCAUUCCUUGCCAAAAAAGUCGUGAGCAUCCUCCAGGAUGGGUUCCCAAUCAGAAUCAAGGCUGUUAACAUAAUCAACGAGCCCAGGAUUUUCAAAGGCAUCUUUGCUAUAAUUAAGCCUUUUCUGAAGGAGAAGAUGGCAGAGAGGUACGUCCUCCACGGCUCCGACCUGCGCUCUCUGCACAAAAACGUCCCCUGCUCGGUGCUGCCGGAAGAGUACGGCGGCUCGGCCGGACAGCUGGACCUGUGUUCGUGGUCCAGGGUGCUGCUGGGCUGUGAGGAGGAGUUCAUCGUGGAGUUCUGUCAGCCCGACCCACUAGAGGGCGUGGUGCUGCCAGACUCCAUGCUGUUUGAAGGGGAGGCCAGGGGGCAGGACGACGACUCCUUCAGGGGGCUGCGCUCUCAACUCUACUACUGUUACUGAAACACUCUCUGAGAGGACUCCUUCUGUCUCGUCUGAAACAUGUGUGUAGACUUUUAAAGGGCAAGUUGCCAAUAUCAUACAUGAUUUAUUUUCCUUACUAACUAACUUAGCAGCACUAUACUGUAGGUGGAAAGUCUAUUGUAGAUCACACGUAGCCCAGCAGGCUCAGGCAAAGAGGCUUUUGAUACGAUGCAUGUCCUCUGUGGAGUUAUAUCUGGAAGUUAAAGGAUAGGUUCAUGGUUUGCCAUUCAGUUCACAUUGAAUCGGGUUUUGCCUGAUUUCUUUCUGGUUUCGAGAAUUACAAGACGACACUAAAUACCAGGCUUUAAGAAAUGCGACUGUUUUUACAAUGACGGACCCUUAAAGGUAGGGUAGGUAAGAAUGGUGAAACCAGCUCGAGUGAGCUAGCAUUUGAAAGUAUGCAGCCGAAAAUAAUCUGCCCCUUCCUUCAGACUUCCUUACAGAGCCCCUCCUCCAACACACACGAACGCGCACAUGACCAAUGAGGGCACGAGAUAAGUUUGUGCACAGAUGGAAGGCUGACAGGCAGGUAGGCCAUCCAGUUGUUUUAGCCGGGCCGGCUCAGAUGAUUGGUCGUGUUUUUUACAGCGCCACGGAUUCCACAGAUGAAUUAUUUUAUGUAUUUAUUGUCAAAGCACUUCAUGUAUUCAUUGCUAUCGGGAUGUUGAGAGCAUUCUAUGGAAUAUAACAGAAAGUGUUUCUGAAGUGAAUUACCUACCCCACCUUUAAGAGGUUAGCGGAGAUGCUGCAGUAGCAUCAGUUAUAUCAGAAUUGGAGAGUAUUAUUUAAUUGAAGAAAAACAAAAAAGCCUUUUCUAAAUGUCAUGGAUGUUUUCAGUUUUUUCUCCCAACAGAUAGUUUAUCAAAUCAUGAGCCUUCAGCAGUACCAGUUAAGCAAAUCAUGUUGGUACUAAAAACAAUGUCCAUGCUACCAUCUUGAUUUGGCUAACAGGCUGCUAAAGCCUCAUUUUGGAUCUGGCUGAACUUUGAAAAUACAGGACUGUCGAUCUGUUAUCAGGAGACAGAAACGGAGUCAAUGCACAUAUGGGCAUGUCUGUAUUGUUUAAAAGUAGGAAUGGAAAAGUGUGAACCUCUCCUUUAAUUGAAUCAAAAUUAAACAAGUCAUUUACUGGCCAUCAGUGCUCUGUCUUUAUAGUAGGCAUCACUCCACAACUCAACAUGUUUUGUGUAAAUAACUGUCUAAUAUGUUGCCUUAAACUGUUGAUUUCCCAUGUGGUAUAAAUCAUGUUGGAUUUGUUUGUACCAAAGCCAUAUUCAUGUGUUUUCUCAACCGGGCCUUCCUUACAUACUGUAAGGGUGGAUUUACUACAAAUUGAUGGCUGCUGUAACUGAGAGAACAAUACAUUAGAUUUAACAGUAAUUCAUGUCUAACUUUAACACAGUAUUUAAAGGCCUUUGUUUUGGUGAUGCUUUAGUUUUCUUUAGCUUUGCCUUGUGUUUUUUUUUACUUUUGUUUUUAACUGUUUGCUCUCAUCACUCAGUCUUAACACGGGACCAUCACUGAUCAAAGGAGUCCCAUGAGGUAUACAACCGGUUUGCCAAAUUUCCCACCAGGCCAUGUACAGAAAUGUGCAAUAAUGUUAGAUCUGUUUCCUCGGGGUAGCCCGAAGCUAACUUGUAUAUUGAUUGUCUUUUAUAUUUUUAUUUUGAGCAUGUCUGUGACUAUAAGAUAUAUUGUGUUUCAGGAUAUUGCUGGUAGUAAAGACCAUAAACUGAAACAGAGAAAGUCUUA